GUGACGUGUCCCGCGCUUGGCGCAGCAGGAAGCGGCGGCGUUCGCGGCCUGAGCUCCCGGCGCCGGCCCCGGCUCCUUUCCCGCUGCCGCCAUGCUCGACUUCUUCACCAUUUUCUCCAAGGGUGGGCUCGUGCUCUGGUGCUUCCAGGGCGUGAGCGACUCAUGCACCGGGCCCGUUAAUGCGUUGAUUCGUUCCGUGCUGCUGCAGGAAAGGGGCGGUAACAACUCCUUCACCCAUGAGGCACUGACACUCAAGUAUAAACUGGACAACCAGUUUGAGCUGGUGUUUGUGGUUGGUUUUCAGAAGAUCCUAACACUGACGUAUGUAGACAAAUUGAUAGAUGAUGUGCACCGGCUAUUUCGGGACAAGUAUCGCACAGAGAUCCAACAACAAAGUGCUUUAAGUCUAUUGAAUGGCACUUUUGAUUUCCAGAAUGACUUUAUGCGGCUCCUUCGUGAAGCAGAGGAGAGCAGUAAGAUCCGUGCUCCCACUACCAUGAAGAAAUUUGAAGAUUCUGAAAAGGCCAAGAAACCUGUGAGAUCUAUGAUUGAGACACGGGGUGAAAAGCCCAAGGAAAAAUCAAAGAACAGCAAAAAAAAUAAGGGGGCCAAGAAGGAAGGUUCUGAUGGCCCUUUGGUUACCAGCAAAACAGUUCCUGCAGAAAAGUCAGGCCUCCCAGUGGGGCCUGAGAAUGGGGUAGAACUUUCCAAAGAGGAGCUGAUACGCAGGAAGCGAGAGGAGUUCAUUCAGAAGCAUGGGAAGGGUAUGGAGAAGUCCGGCAAGUCCAUGAAGUCAGAUGCUCCAAAGGAGAAGGGCAAAAAAGCACCCCGGGUGUGGGCAUUUGGUGGUGGUGCUAACAACGAAGUCUUGGAUUAUAGCACUCCCACCACCAAUGGCGCCCCAGAGGUUGCUCCGCCUGAGGACAUCAAUUUGAUUCGAGGGACUGGUCUUGGGGGGCAGCUUCAGGAUCUGGACUGCAGCAGCUCAGAUGAUGAAGUGGCCGCUCAAAACUCCACCAAACCUAGUGCUACCAAGGGGACUCUUGGUGGCAUGUUUGGGAUGCUGAAGGGCCUCGUGGGUUCCAAGAGCUUGAGUCGUGAAGACAUGGAGUCUGUGCUGGACAAGAUGCGUGAUCACCUUAUUGCUAAGAAUGUGGCAGCAGACAUUGCGGUCCAGCUCUGUGAAUCUGUGGCCAACAAGCUGGAAGGGAAGGUGAUGGGGACGUUCAGCACGGUGACUUCCACAGUAAAGCAAGCUCUGCAAGAGUCCCUGGUGCAGAUUCUGCAGCCACAGCGUCGUGUAGACAUGCUCCGGGACAUCAUGGAUGCCCAGCGUCGCCAGCGCCCUUAUGUUGUCACUUUCUGUGGUGUUAAUGGAGUGGGCAAGUCUACUAAUCUUGCCAAGAUUUCUUUCUGGCUGUUGGAGAACGGCUUCAGCGUCCUUAUUGCUGCAUGUGACACGUUCCGUGCUGGGGCUGUGGAGCAGCUGCGCACACACACCCGGCGGCUGACUACCCUUCACCCCCCUGAGAAGCAUGGCGGCCGCACCAUGGUGCAGCUGUUUGAGAAGGGCUAUGGCAAGGACGCAGCAGGCAUCGCCAUGGAAGCCAUUUCCUUCGCACGUAACCAAGGCUUUGAUGUGGUGCUGGUGGACACAGCUGGCCGCAUGCAAGACAAUGCCCCUCUGAUGACUGCCCUGGCCAAGCUCAUUACUGUCAACACACCCGACUUGGUGCUGUUUGUGGGGGAGGCCUUAGUAGGCAAUGAGGCCGUGGACCAACUGGUCAAGUUUAACAGAGCCUUGGCUGACCAUUCUAUGGCUCAAACACCUCGGCUCAUUGAUGGCAUCGUCCUUACCAAAUUUGAUACCAUUGAUGACAAGGUGGGAGCUGCUAUUUCUAUGACCUACAUCACAAGCAAACCCAUCGUCUUUGUGGGCACUGGACAGACCUACUCUGAUCUACGCAGUCUCAAUGCCAAGGCUGUGGUGGCUGCCCUCAUGAAGGCUUAAUGUGGCUCUUGCCCAAUACCAAAACAUUGCUUCCCCACCCCCAACCCCCCAAUGCCCCUAUUCCUGUAUCAAGAAUGUGCUUUAGAGUAUGUGAGCAACUUGUCUUUGGUGUAGUACAAAGGCAGAGUGAAGGGAGCUCUUCCCAACCCCACUCCCUGCUCAGCCUGGCCCUCAUCGGCAAGGAGGGCCUAAUCAUGUUACAAUCAUUGCUCAUUGCCCCCUCCCCUCCAUGGCUCUUCCCCUUCCUUCUCAGGCAUUCCCUUCACUCUGCCUACAAACUUGGUCUUAUCACAGCUUUGAUCAGUGGUUGGAAGAUCUACUGCCAGAGCUUUGCUUAGUGUGGUCAUGGAGACAUCUCUGCAUAAAUGAGCUGUGUGAAGGCCCAGCUCCACUAGGUUAAAGAGACUUCCAGAGCCAGCUCAGGGUCUUGAGUGGCCCUUCUCCCGAGGAUACACAGCUUCCAGGACCACACCCACCACACUGGCAGUAAAUGAAAUGGCGUGUUCUUAAUUGCUGCUAAUUCUGAUGACCCCAAUCCCUAUAAUGCCCCUAAAGCAUCAGCUAGGCCAGAGUGAUUUGUUACAAAUGAGUGAAAGAUAAGCCCCCAAUUCCCUCUGAAAUUAAGGGAGCCAAGCUGCAGUGUUGCAUUGGGCUACUCUGCCUUCCGACUCUUCCCCACUCCCAAAAUCCAGUUGUAAGCUUUGCAUGUUCCCCUUCUUGGGAGAAAACCAACUGUCAGAAGGGUAUACACACGUUGCCCCCUCCCCCCACUCUUCACCUCCUGAGUGGGUCCUGGCUUUUCCUCAUCCUCUCUACAGUGCCUGGUAGACAAGUGCUACAUUGAAGAAUCCAAACCUCUUGUUAAGACUUGUCCUGCAGCUUGGUAUUACAGAUGUGCUAUUAGUGCAAUAAGGUGAAGGCUGUCUGCCCAGAGAAAUACAUAAUUUAUAUAAGAAAAUAAAUUUCAUAAGUAAAUUGCC